ACUGCCACUUUCGGUUGACUUUGCGGCGAUGAAGUUACUACUUAAUCUAGUAGUUUUCGUAGUUUUACUGAAAAACUUGAAUUGUCAGAACACAUGCUUUCAUUGUGAAUGGCAAAAAGAUAUUCCAAACGAUGAUCCAAGAUGUGGCUGGGGUUCAGAUUUUAACGUGCCAGAAGAACCAAGUGAUAAUUCUGUACAGGAAAAUUGCCAGAAAUGUGGCAUUGCCUUCACUAAAAAAGAUGGCGAAGUUCAAGAAGUCAUUCGAAUGUGCAUAAAUGAAUUAGAAAGUUGGGAGCACCCACAAAACAACUGUGUCAGGGAACCUCUCUAUGGUGGAGAACGUCUAUUUUGUUUUUGUGAAGGAGGAUACUGCAAUAAAAAUGAUGACAAUAUAGAUCUUGAAUGUCCCCCAAAUUUAGCUCUUACAGGGCCAGAGGAAGAUGCUAGCAAAGCCAAUGAGAUCUCUUGUUAUAACUGUAACUGGAAGGAGGGUGAGACUGGACCUAAUUACGAUCCAAAUUGCGGAUGGGGUUCCGAUUUCAAAUUAAACGCUAGUCAUGUGUCACCUGGCUGUGGAUCUUGCGGAAUUCACAGAGUUUUCAAUGAUUCCAGAGUUGUUGCAGUCUCCAGGAUAUGCUACGGCCCACUAAUCGGUAAAAACUACUGGCAAAAUCAUGUUCCAUCUUGUACAGAACAAAAAAUAGCCGGUGGAGAUAAUAAAUUUUGUUAUUGCAACACCGAAAAUUGUAAUGAUGAACAAAGUGAUAGUCUUCCAAAUGCUUGUACAAAUCCCACUAUUCCACCUACUGAUCCACCUCUUCCAACUUAUGAUUGUUAUAGAUGCGACUGGCACAUGGAAAUUCCAAGCGACGAAAGAUGUCGCUAUGGAGACGACUUUACAGUUCCUAAUAAAACAGGAGAUAGUGGUGUGGCCGGAGGCUGCCUUAAGUGCGGUCUAUCCUUAACUUAUAGAGACGAAGAAGUUUUUGAAGUUGUAAGAAUAUGCUUAGGAAAAGCAGAAUUGGGGGACGAAAAAUGGGCUUAUCCCAAUAAUACGUGCUCAGCCGAACCUCUACAAGGUGGAAAACGGGAAUUUUGUGUGUGUGAAGGAAACUUUUGUAAUGAGAAAAAAGAAACUUUGCCAAAUGUUUGUGAUGAUCAUCCGACUCAAUCUCCUCCUCUAGCAAUCAAAAAUGAACCAAAGGCUCUUGCAAAAUGUUUUUCGUGCAAUUGGAAAAUUGGAGAUAUCGGGGAUGUAAGAUGUAAAUUAGGAAAUGAUUUUGCUGUUCCUGAUAACGAAGCAACAACUGAUUGUGGAACGUGUUACUUAGGAAUUGUCAAAAAAGGAGAUCAAGUUGUGGAAGUUCAAAGAGCCUGUUUAGGAUUGGCAGGAAGUUAUAAUAAAUGGCAAAAUCACGCAACAGCCUGCGCUAAACAACCUCUCUUUGGUGGAGAAGAAGAGCAUUGUUAUUGUAAUACAGACAUAUGUAAUAAAAAUAACACUGAUAUUCAAUCAGCUUGUGAUCCCAUACCAAUACAACCACCAGUUACUUAUAAUUGCUUUUCCUGCUCAUGGAGUUCAGUACCAGGUGGAUUGAAUGACGAUAGAUGUGGAUGGGGACCAGGUUUUAAUGUUCCUCAGUCCCCAAACGAUCCAUCAGUAUUUAAAGAUUGCCUUAAAUGUGGUCUCUCAGUUACUUUUAAAGGAGGUGAGGCUUAUGAUAUAACUAGAUUUUGCGCCACUGAUCUAGGAGAUAAUUGGGAAUAUCCACACAACAAAUGUUCAUAUGAUGUUUUAAAAGGAGGAAAGGAUGAAUAUUGUUUCUGUGAAGGAAACUAUUGUAAUGAAAACAACAUAAACAUCCCAAGUGUCUGUGCUACACCUUUCGUUGCACCCGAUUUUCCGCUUAUAUCAACAUCUAAAUCGCAAGAGAAUCUUAUCAGUUGCUUCGAAUGUUUUUGGAAAAGAGGAAAUAAUCAAAGUCCUUACGACGGUAGAUGUGGAAACGACUUCACAGUACCCGAUGGUGAAGCUAAAACUGAAUGUGGAGUAUGCCACUUAUCUACAACUUAUAGAGGAAGUACCAUUGAAGAAAUUCACAGAACAUGUAUAAGGGAUAUCGAUGGUGAAAGCGAAUGGCGCGAACACUUACCAGGAUGCUCUAUUCAACUCAUAGACGGAGGAAGACACGAAUUUUGUUAUUGUGAUUCUAACUUAUGUAAUAAAGAGAAGGGUAAUAUUCCAGACAUGUGCGAUGUUGAAGUGCCUACUGUUCCACCUCCCCCAACUUACAGUUGUUUUCAAUGUGUGUGGAACGAUAAUCCAGAUAGUUUAAUUGAUCCAAGAUGUGGCUACGGCUCAGGUUUUACCAUUACUAAUAACACUGCUGAUGGUGCCGUUCUUAAUAAUUGCUUUCAAUGCGUUCUAAUGGUUACAUUCAGAGGAUCCCAAGCUGUCGAUAUAGUAAGAGGAUGCGUUCAAGAACUGGAAAGUGAUUGGGAAAGACACGAAAAUAAUUGCGGUUUUGAUCCUCUAAAAGGAGGUAAACAUCAGUAUUGCUUCUGUGAGGGAGAUUUCUGCAAUCAUCAUGAUGCCUAUAUUCCAAAUGUAUGUGAUACACCUUUUAGUCCACCCGAAGCUCCACUAGUUUUAAGAUCUACUACUAAAGCUGCUGUAAAAUGCUAUGAAUGUUUCUGGAAAAGAGGAGAAGUUAAUGCCCCUUUUGAACCGAGAUGCGGUUAUGGGCCUGAAUUCAAUAUGACCGAAUCAGAAGCCAAAGACAAUUGUGGAAUGUGCCAUGUUGCUGUUGUUCUCAGGAACAAUUUUCCCGAAGUAAUUCAAAGAACUUGUCUAUCCGAUCUAUCUGAAAAAAACAAAUGGCAAGAACAUAUUCCAUCUUGCUCGGAGCAACCGUUAAGAGGAGCCGUCAAUAAAUUUUGCUACUGUGAUACAGAUUUUUGCAAUGUCUUGCCUACUAAUCUACCUGAUGCAUGUAAUGUUACAAUUCCAACUAUACCUCCGAAAAUGACUUAUAACUGCUUCGCUUGUUCUUGGAGUAACUCACCUGAUGGGCUACAUGACUCAAGAUGUGGUUGGGGAGGAGAUUUUUCAGUGCCAGAAAGCAUUAAUGAUGCAUCAGUUGAGAAGGAUUGCUUAAAAUGUGGAUUUCAGAUUACGUAUAGAGGACAGGAUGCAGUGGACAUAACAAGAUAUUGCAUUACUGAGUUUGCUGAAGACUGGCUAGUUUACGAAAAUACCUGUUCCCACGAUCCUCUUAAAGGUGGAAAGCAUGAAUUCUGUUUCUGCGAAGGAAGUUACUGCAACAGAAAUGACCAAAAUAUUUCAAGUGUUUGUGAUAGUCAGACUAGCUACGAUCCUGUACCUCUACUAGUUGAAAGCGAAGUAAAUAUCAAAUGUUAUGAAUGUUUCUGGAAAAGAGGCCAAACUAAUGCUCCUUAUGAUCCAAAUUGCGGGUAUGGAUCCGAUUUUAAUAUGGAUAUAUCGUCCGCAAAGGAUAAUUGCGGAGUUUGUCGCUUGGAAAUGACAAAGCGAAGCACAAUCGAAGAGAUAAGAAGGACUUGUAUCAGAGAUAUCGUUGGAUUGAAUGAAUGGAGAGAAAAUGUUGCAUCCUGCUCUGUUCAACCAACCAAUGGAGGAGCCUAUGAAAACUGUCAUUGUACGCAAGACCAUUGUAAUGAAAAAAAGGAUGGCAUACCCGACGCCUGUGACGUUCAGCCACCUACACAACCUCCUCCAGUUACAUACUCUUGCUUCCAAUGCUCUUGGUCUAGUGAUGGAAAUGGCCUCCACAAUCCGGACUGCGGUUGGGGUGAAAAUUUCAAGAUACCAGCUUUGGAUAGUCAUCCGGCAGUAGAGAAAAAUUGUAUAAAAUGCGGACUGCUAAUUACUUUUAAAGGAGAUGAACCUGAUUCAAUUAAUAGAGCAUGUUUGACCGAUUCAUCAGAGGAUUGGAGCAACUUAGAUACUCAAUGUUCAUAUGACCUUUUGAGUGGUGGAAGAAAUGAAUACUGCUUUUGUGAUUCAAGUUUUUGUAACAUUAACAAUACUAAUAUUCGUCAGUAUUGCGAUUCACCCAGAGAAUUUCCCCAAUCAAUUGAUUUUACGAAUGAAAGUCCAAAAGCUGGUGUCAGUUGUCAUCAAUGCUUUUGGAAGAGGGGAGUUUCAUCUCCACCGUACGAUCCUAAAUGCGGAUAUGGCGUAGAUUUUCAAUCAGAUCCUGAAAACAUAAAAUAUAACUGUGGUUUAUGUCAAAUUGCUAUAACUUACGUCGGAAAUGCUGUUGAAACUGUUUCAAGAACUUGUGUGAAUGAUAUUACGGGCUCUAAUGAAUGGAGAGAGCCUAUUGAACAUUGCUCAGAACAACCAGUAAUUUCAGGAAAAAAUUCGAAAAGUUGCUUCUGCGAGAGUAACCUUUGUAACGAAAAAACAGAUGGAAUACCGCAUGUUUGUAGCUUACCUAAGCCAACUAGUCCACCAGUGGUAUCGGGUAAAACUUGCUUUCACUGUUCUUGGAGUGAAGAUGGUAUAACAACAACUGACUCUCGUUGCGGAUAUGGUAGCGCUUUUUCGGUACCUAAGGAUGUUAACGACCGAUCUGUAGUAGAAAAUUGUUUGCAAUGCACACACUUUGUUACCUAUCAUUAUGAUAAGCCGGUGAGUGUUGAUCGCUUCUGUGUACAAGGAUUGGACGAUUGGGAAAUGUAUGAUACUAAAUGUGUGUAUGAUCCUUUGCUAGGAGGUAGACAUGAGUAUUGUUAUUGCAAAGACGACUUUUGUAACGAGAAAGAAGAAGAUAUUCCAAACGUUUGCGAUGCAGUUCAUACACCACAACAGAGUCCGUUUGUACAAGAAAAAGCGAGCGUUAACUGUUUCGAAUGCUUCUGGAAAAGAGGAGAAUCCAAUCCUCCAUUCGACACAAGAUGUGGCUGGGGUUCUGGCUUUACAGUACCAGAUAGCGAUGCAGUCUCUAACUGUGAUACUUGUCACUUGAAUGUUAUCUUCAAAAAUGGAGAACCUGAACAAAUCUACAGAACUUGCGUAACGGAUCCUAGAGGAAAUCGUGCUUGGCAAGCCCAUGUUCCAGCCUGUUCUGACAUGACUUAUUCUCAAGGCAAUGAGAAAUUUUGUCAUUGCAAAGACAAUCUAUGUAACAGAGAUAUAACUAAUGUACCCAAUGCAUGUUCCAUUCCUGAAGUUCCUGCAACACAAGCACCAACAACAACAAAACGAACGACACAAACAACAAAAGCAACAACAAAACAAACAACAGUAACCGUACCUACAACAACAGCAACAACAAAACACACAACACAAACGACAAAAGCAAUAACAAAACAAACAACACAAACAACAAAAGCAACAACAAAACAAACAACACAAACGACAGAAGCAGCAACAAAACAAACAACAGUAACCAUACCAAUAACAACAGCAACAACAAAACACACAACACAAACGACAAAAGCAAUAACAAAACAAACAACACAAACAACAAAAGCAACAACAAAACAAACAACACAAACAACAAAAGCAACAACAAAACAAACAACAGUAACCGUACCAACAACAGGGGGCGGAGCUACUACAUCAGCAUCAUUUCUUUUCCUUUCCAUUUCUAUGGUUUUGGCUUAUUUAGUAUGA